CAAAAUUCAAAAACCAAAUGAACAUCACAAGCUAAAGCAAAAAGAUAGCGCUUCCCCCUUCCGUUUCUCACUCUCUUUUCUUUUGCUCUCUCAGAUCUGAAUUUCAAAAUAAGCAAAAAAGAGAAGAAAAACGCUGAGAAAUUUAACCAUUCCCUCUUCUUCUUCGAUCCCAGGUACUUCAAAAGCAAUAUUUAAUUUCAGGUUUAUUUGUAUUAGAUCACCAAUUGUAUUGUUGGUUUUCAUUUUAUUGUUUGUUUGGAAUUGCGUCUAUUUUAUGAAAUUUUGAUACUCAAUUAAGCUUAAUAUGUAUCAAAUUAUACUACGCGUUGUUUCUUUUAGAUCUUGGAUUUAGGAUGCAAUCUAGCGAAAUAACGUGAAAAAAGAGAGGGAAUUUUCUUUCUGGGUCUUAAGGGUUUUUUUUUUUCACCACCAAAGCCUCAGUUUUUGUUACUUUUUAGAGAAAGUUUCAAUACUUUCAUCCAAUUUCAGUACCGAAAUUGAGGGGAACGAAAGAAAAUGGUGAGGGAGGAAAGAGUGGAGUCAUUUUACGCGAGGCUUAGGGAAUCGGCUAGGGCAUCGUCUCUCUCGCCUUUACUCAUAUUCCCGUCAACGUCCGAUGUUGACUCUCUAUGUGCUCUCAAAAUCAUUUUCCACAUUCUUGAAUCUGAUUCAGUCCGGUACUCGUGUUAUCCGGUGUCUUCUUUUCAAGAAAUCAGAGAAUACGCUGCUUCUGAGUUGAGCUCUUCAUCUGAGGAGCCCGUUACUCUGCUUUUGAUAAACUGGGGGUGCCACCGUGACCUACAGGAGGAUCUUAAGUUAGGGUCAGCUGCCAGGGUUUUUGUUGUUGAUAGUCAUAGGCCGAUUCAUUUGCAUAAUUUGAGUGAUCAGAAUGAUCAGGUGGUUGUUCUUUAUACUAAUGAUGAUGAGCGGUUGGCUGACCUCGCAUAUGAUUUUGAAGUUAUGGAGUUGGCAAAUGCUAGCUAUUGUUUGCAUAAUUCGGAGUUGGAUGGCGAAGAAGAUGAAGAUAGUGAAAGUGAGGAUGAUGAUGAGGAUGAAGAGGUGGAAGGGAGAGCCAGGGAUGGUUCUAGGAAAAGAAGAAGACUGUCUUCAGAAGGUGAAGAAGAGCCACCGGCCCGGCGUUUUAAGAAACUGAAAAGGGAGUAUUAUCGGAUGGGAACAUUCCAUGGGAAGCCAUCAGGUUGUUUGAUGUAUGAUUUGUCGCAUUGUUUGAGGAAAAACACAAAUGAGUUGCUGUGGCUGGCUUGUGUUUCACUUACAGAUCAGUUUGUUCAUGAGAGGCUAACAGAUGAGAGGUAUGAAGCAGGGGUUAUGGAGCUUCAGCAGCAUAUUAACAGUUUAGGGAAUCUGGAUGCGGUUACUUCGGUGACACUUAAAGAUGGUACCAAGGUUCGAGCACCCGAUUCCUCAAGAAUUGCCUAUGAAGAAGAACCAAGACUUAUGCUGUUAAGAGAGUGGAAUUUAUUUGAUUCAAUGCUGUGUUCCUCAUACAUUGCCCCAAAGUUGAAGACCUGGAGUGAUAAUGGCAUGAAAAAGCUUAAGCUUCUCCUUGCAAGGAUGGGAUUUGCACUUGUGGAUUGCCAGCAGAAGUUUCAGUACAUGAAUCAUGAAGUAAAACAGAAGAUGAAAGAUCAAUUCGAACAAAUUUUGCCUGAAUAUGGACUUGAUGAUUUCUACUACAAAAGUUUCUUGCGUCUUCAUGGUUAUACUUCGAGGGUUUCAGCUGCAGACAUGGUUUAUGGGGUCACUGCACUGCUUGAAUCUUUUGUGCAAUCAGAUGGCUUGUGUGCAUUGAAGCAGUUUGGGGUGGCAUACGAUGCGCUGUCCCUAAGCAAUCUUGAUAAGCUGAAAUCCGGAAUGCAACAGGCGAUCAAGAUACAAAGGGCUAUUCUUAGGCAAGGGAGUGCUGCAAUAACAAAGAGUGGGUGCAUCAGGAGUGGGAGAAAGUUUAGAUGGGUGAAGCUUGAAGAUUCAGUAGAUACAAAGCUGUUGGGUCACCCCCAGGCCCUCACCAAGUUCUGUUACUUUCUAAUGGAUGCCUUGAAGGAGAAAGGAGCUAAGUUGAAGCCUUUGCUUUGUGCUUGCAUGUUGCAAGAGCCAUCUAAGGUGUUGAUUGUUGGGGUCUGCGGAAAGCCUCGUCUUGGAGCACUUCAAGGGAAUGCGUUCGGUCUUGCAUUCAGGAAUGCUGCCGAGGAAACCGGAGCUGAAUUCUUCCAUGAGCUUUUCGAAUCUUCAUGGAUUGUGUUGGAUGCUGGCGUUGUUAAUUCCUUCAUGGUCAAACUAACUGAAAGGCUUUGAUGUAAAGCUUUGGAUUAUGAGUGACGGUAAUUGUAACUUUGUUUUUUCUUUUCUUUUUAAAUGAAAACAUUUGUUCAUUACUUUGAA